AAAUAUAGGUUACGUGGCUGUCUCCGUCAUUUCUUAGUGCAGUUUUAAAGCAGAGACGAAAAUGUGGGAUAAAAUCAUUACCUUAUUUAUGUUAUUCACAAUAUGUGUCCACCAAAGCCUGGCAUAUUUCAUUACAGUAGACGCACACGCCGAAGAAUGUUUUUUUGACAAAGUAGAAGCAGGAACCAAAAUGGGUCUGACCUUUGAAAUAGCAGAAGGCGGUUUCUUGGAUAUCGACGUACGCAUAAUUGGACCUGAUGGUAAAACCAUAUACCAAGGCGAGAGAGAGACUUCGGGCAAGUACACCUUUGCAGCACACGCGCAAGGUGUGUACACAUACUGCUUCUCGAACAAAAUGUCCACGAUGACUCCUAAGGUAGUCAUGUUCAAUAUGGCUAUUGGAGAAUCGCCCAAAGCUGAACACCAAGAGGGAGAAACAACGAAUAAGUUAGAGGACAUGAUCAGAGAGCUAAGUGCUUCCCUUACGGGUGUAAAACAAGAGCAAGAGUACAUGCAAGUGCGUGAUAGGAUCCAUCGUAGUAUAAACGAAAGCACGAAUUCGAGGGUUGUGAUGUGGUCUUUCUUUGAGGCUCUUAUUCUAGUGGCUAUGACCAUGGGGCAAGUGUACUACCUUAAAAGGUUCUUUGAAGUCAGGAGAGUGGUGUAAAGUUAUGUACAUUUCAUUUUAUUCCGAAUAAAAUUCAAAACAUUAGGCCAGGGUAUAAAAAUAUGGACUCGAUGAUUUGUACAUAUUUGUGUUCCAUGUGUAGAGUUGUAUGCAAAGCGGGGUUCCAAAUUGUCUUGAAAUAUUUAUUUUUUGUUUGUAAAGUUUCUUAAAAAUAAUAUUUAAUAAAGGUUUUUUUAUAUAAA